AUGUCCUACUACCCGGGUCAAGGCUAUCACGGAGGUGGCGGCGGCGGCUACGGCUAUGCUCCUCCUCCGGGUCCUCCUCCUCCCCAACACCCUCCUCAGGGCUACGGUGGCCAGCCCGGAUACCAGCGCUACCCUCCUCCACGAUACCCUCCACCUCCCGGCCUCGACGCGUACGGAUACCCGCUCUCGCGGGGUCACGGCUACGCCGCCCAUGCCCGCUCCGGUCCACCUCCUCCUUCGGCGCCUCAGCAGUUCGGCCAUGGAGCGCCCGAAGGCUAUACUUUCCAAUACUCCAACUGUACCGGCCGGCGCAAGGCUCUGCUCAUCGGUAUCAACUACUUUGGCCAGGAGGGCGAGCUUCGCGGCUGCAUCAACGAUGUUCACAACGUCUCGAGCUUCCUCGUUGAGCGCUAUGGGUAUAAGCGCGAGGAUAUGGUUAUCUUGACCGACGACCAAUCCAACCCUACGAUGCAGCCUACAAGAAGCAACAUCAUUCGCGCCAUGGGUUGGCUUGUGUCUAAUGCUCAGCCCAACGACGCUCUCUUCCUCCACUACUCUGGCCACGGCGGACAGGUCGAAGACGAGGACGGUGACGAGGAUGACGGAUACGACGAGUGCAUCUACCCAGUCGACCACCAACAGGCCGGCCACAUUGUCGAUGACGAGAUUCACCACUACGUCGUGAAGCCUCUGGGACAGGGCGUCCGUCUCACUGCCAUCUUCGACUCGUGCCACUCGGCCACCGUCAUGGAUCUUCCUUACGUCUACUCCACCAAGGGUGUUUUGAAGGAGCCCAACCUGGCCAAGGAAGCUGCCUCGGGUCUGUUUGACGCUUUUACCGCGUACUCUAGAGGAGACGUGGCGGGCGCUGCGAGCUCCGUUUUCAGCUUGGCCAAGUCUGCCUUUACAGGCGACGACGCCUAUGAGAAGACCAAGCAGACACGAACUUCGCCUGCCGACGUCAUCAUGUGGUCGGGAAGCAAGGAUGACCAGACAUCGGCUGAUGCUACCAUCAACUCUCAGGCCACUGGCGCCAUGUCGUGGGCCUUCAUCUCGGCGAUCAAGGCGAACCCCCAGCAGAGCUACGUCGAGCUCCUCAACAGCGUCCGCGACAUCCUCGAGACCAAGUAUACCCAGAAGCCUCAGCUGUCGAGCAGCCACCCCAUUGAUACCGACCUGUUGUUUGUGAUGUAA